AAACCGGUCUCGGCCCGGAAGAGUUUGCAUGUCGGACACAGGAAGGAAACGUUUCCUCCGCUGUGACCUGCUUAAUGUUACCGACUGAGGGACAUGUAGCUGAUAACAGAAGUCAUGUUCAACUUAAGGACACUGCAGAGAAACAAAACAGUCAAGUAUGGAGUCCCUAUGCUUUUGCUGGUCGUUGGUGGCUCCUUUGGCCUGCGGGAGUUUGCCCAAAUCCGUUAUGAUGCCCAGAAGAUCAGAAAACGGCUGGAUCCUUCUCUAGCAGCGAAGGUGAAUGAAAAGAAGCAGUCAGUCAUACUGGAGGAGGAGUAUGAGAAGUUAAAGGAAAUUAAUUUAGACGAGUGGAAGAACAUCCGUGGUCCUCGUCCCUGGGAGGACUCCAAGGAGUACCAGAAGCAGCAGCACAGAAACCUGAGCAAAACAGACUAAGGCUUCGGCCCGAGCUCACUGCACGCGCAACGCAGGAACACAAGAUCACACCAGACAGUGCAGAGGCCCGUGGAGAUGACAGCACUGAUGUUUGGUUAUCCCCGGUGCUGCAGCCAUGAGGACAGAGCUCUGAGAACAGCUGGUCAGCCCUUGGCUGGUGUUGGCCCUGAAUGUCUGGAAAAGUUCAUUCAGAGUAAAUAGUGUUGGAUUCUUCUGGCUGUAACACAUUCAGAACUACUGUCGAAAAGUUUUUCCUUUGAAAAUAUGUUGUUUCUUUAGAAUUUGUUCCUAGGUUUACAGAGCAGGUUAAUCAGGAGUUUUAAAAAACAGACAAGUGGCAUUUCACCUCAAGCUUAAAGGAGAUAUAAAGGUGAUUUUUCUGUUUCAAUAAAUUAUUACUGCUCUUCCUAAAAGCUAAAUUUGCUCCCUUUUUUCUUUUUGGUAAAAAAAAAAUAAUCAAGAAUCAGGUCUGUUUACAAGGAUAUCGCAUUGAUUCACCUGCUAAAAAGUAGAAAAGAAUAAAUAACACAAGAGCUCAGUGUUUCCUCAGGC